ACUGGGUAAUCAGGAGCUGCAUCUUCUACCUGUCUCCCCACACCCUUGAAGUGCAGGCCCAGCAAAUCCACUUCUCUAUCCCUUCGUUCCCAAAGUUCUAGUUGGACCGAGUCACCGUCAGCAAUGGCUUCUGAGGUUCUCACCAGCAUUCCCCUCUCAUCGCUCAAGCGCAUAUCCCAGGGCAAAGUCAGGGAUCUCUUCUCUCUUCCGGACGGCGACCAGCCCACCCUUCUUUUUGUCACAUCGGACCGCAUCAGCGCCUAUGACGUCAUAUUGAAGAACGGCGUUCCCACCAAGGGCGUCAUCCUGACCCUCCUUUCGGCCAAAUGGUUCGAAGUGCUCUCGUCCAGCGUACCGGGCUUGAAGCAUCACUUCUUGCAUCUCGGCCCGCCCGCUACCUCGGGCCUCUCCCAGGAUGAGCAGCAGAUGCUCCGCGGCCGCUCAAUGACAGUGCGCCGUCUGAAGAUUUUCCCCAUUGAGGCGAUCGUACGCGGCUAUGUCACAGGUAGUGCUUGGGCUGAGUACGAGAAAACUCAGACCAUCCAUGGGCUGCCGCAGCCCGCCGGACUGAAGCGCUGCGAGCGCCUCCCCAAGCCCAUCUACACGCCCUCCACCAAGGCUGAGCUCGGCGAUAAGGACAUCAACAUCUCGCCCGACGAGGCUAGGGGCAUCGUCGGCGACAAGUACGCCGCCCGCAUCGAGGAGCUGGCCCUGGCCUGCUAUAACGCCGGCGCCGCCUAUGCCGAGGAGCGGGGCAUCAUCAUUGCCGACACCAAGUUCGAGUUCGGCUUGGACGAGGAGACGGACGAGAUCUACCUGGUUGACGAGGUUCUUACACCCGACUCCUCGCGCUUCUGGAGCAAGGCCGAUUACCAAAUUGGACGUGAACAAGACUCCUUCGACAAGCAGGUGUUGAGAAACUGGUUGACCGACAACGGUCUGAAAGGAAAGCCCGAUGUCGAAAUGCCGCCCGAGGUCGUCGAGAAAACCAAGGCGCGGUACACCGAAGUGUUCAAACUCAUGACUGGGAACAGCCUCGAGGAAGCAUUGCACAAGCUGCGUUAGGAGUGGCAGAGGAGCAAUUGGAUUCUCUGGAUCCCCCACUGGUUCCCCUUUCAAAGGUACUAGGAGCCCACUUUCGGGUAGAAAAAAGUUUAACUUAUCAGCAAACUUGUCAGCGUGAAUACCAGGGCCUGGGUGGCUAGAUCUUUUAG